UCCAACUGGAUCAAGAUACGACCGACCGAUAACUAAGCCCAAAACAAAACGGUGGACUUGCUUGGAAACGACGAUAAAGAAGACCUAUACAAAUUUCCUUCCUUCCCUUGAAGGCUCUGCUCUUAUAAUCAAAAUUUCUGUGGUCUACUAAUCGAUCAUCAGAUUUUCUCCGAUCAUCGGCGCUUCCGUCAUCAUGGGUUACGAAGACGAUCCUUACCGCGAUGAGGAUGGAGAGCCGUUGAUGGACUAUGACGAAAUGCAAUCAGACGGUGGGCAAUCUCCAGAGCCUCACCACGAUGAUUUCCUAGAGGAUGAUGUUGAUGGUUGGGGUGAGCAAGCGCGAGAGAGGUCACAAACUCCGGUAUAUGAUGUUGAUAAGGUUGGCAAGCCCAGAAAGAGGUUGGUGAAGAAGAGCGAUUCAGGGAUGGGUACAAAGGAAAAUUUUGUCGUGCCUGAGUUGGUUGAUGAAGAUGAGGAUGGGGAAUUUGGAAGGGAUUAUGCAAUGGAAGCAAAAAAGAGGAAGAAACUUGGCAAGGAAGGAUCUGGAAGUAUUGGGAAGGAUAGGAAGAAGUUUAGCAAGGGGGAGAAGAAGUAUUCUAGUAAUGGAGGCAAGGGAGGAAGUAGUUCAAAAUCAGGGUUGAUGAAGAAGGGGAUGUAUUCAGGCAAGUUGGCUGGGAAGGAAGAUGGUGAGGUCAAGGAGAUGUGGGAUACUAUUGCUGGGGGUGAUUCUGAGGAUGAUCAAGACGGUCCUAGGACUAUGGAUGAUGACAACUUCAUAGAUGACAGUGGUUUAGAUCCUGCUGAUCGAUAUGGGAGUGACAAUGAACCACGCUCUCCUGGUGAUGCUCCUCAGGCAGAGGAGGGUGAGGAGGAUGAGGAAAUCAAGGAACUCUUCAAGAUGGGUAAGAAAAGGAAGAAGAAUGAGAAAAGUCCUGCAGAAAUUGCAUUGUUAGUUGAGAAUGUCAUGGCAGAGCUUGAAGUUACCGCUGAGGAGGAUGCAGAACUUAAUAGAAGAGGGAAACCUGCUAUCAAUAAACUCAAGAAGUUGCCUCUUCUUACUGAGGUCCUAUCCAAGAAGCAGCUCCAGCAAGAAUUUAUAGAUCAUGGAGUACUAACUCUGCUGAAAAAUUGGCUUGAACCUCUUCCAGAUGGAAGUUUACCCAAUAUAAAUAUCCGUGCAGCGAUUUUGAAGAUUCUGACUGAUUUUCCAAUUGAUCUAGAACAGUAUGAUAGACGAGAACAAUUGAAGAAAAGUGGUCUUGGAAAGGUUAUUAUGUUCUUAUCAAAAUCUGAUGAAGAAACUACAUCCAACAGAAAACUUGCGAAGGAUUUGGUUGAUAAAUGGAGUCGGCCCAUAUUUAAUAAGAGUACACGGUUUGAGGACAUGAGAAAUAUUGAUGAUGAUCGGGCCUACCGAAGGCCAACAGUAAGAAGGCCAGCAAAUAGUUCUGCAGGGAUGGAAUCUAGGGAUGGUGAUCUGGAUUUGGAUAUUUCAAGGGAGCGAAGAUCUGGUCAAUCAUCUGCCAGGCAGCAGCAUGCUUCUAGGCCAGAAGCAACUCCAUUGGAUUUUGUGGUGCGUCCUCAGUCUAAGAUUGACCCUGAAGAAAUUAGAAACCGUGCCAAACAAGUUGUACAAGAUCAGCGUCGACUAAAGAUGAAUAGAAAGUUGCAACAGCUGAAAGCACCAAAAAAGAAGCAACUUCAAGCUACGAAGCUGAGCGUGGAAGGUCGUGGUAUGCUCAAAUACUUGUGAAUUGUGAUGCUCCUGCGACUCCCUUUACUGCAAAGUCAGAAGUGGGCAAUCCUGUGAGCCAAAUUAUGCAUAAACCCUCUUGCCGAUUGCUGGUCAGAAACAAAUUGGAAUGGUAGUUGAUCUUCUGGCUUCAGGAUCAUUAAUAUAAAGCCCAUUUCACUUGAUUUGGGAAACCAAUUGUCGUGAGAAUAUGAUUUGAAGAUCAUUGUGGUGAGAGUACUAUUUUUAUUUUGUUAAAUUGUCAGACAGCUUUUCAUGUUAAUGUUAAAUUUCAAUGUUGAAAAAUUGAUGCUAAGUUGAUCAAAUAUUUUUUUGGAGGAAUAAAAUGUUCCCAUUUGCCCUGGAAAAA